AUGGGGGUUUUGUGGCUGGCCAGGCUGGUGCUGGGAUGUACGGCGGUGGCGUGCGUGGGGCACGCCCGGGCGCAGUACGAGGGGGACCUGCAGACGGACAGAUUCGCCGGCUACGAGGAGAGGCCGCCCAGCAGGGUGAGGAGGAGAGGCCAGGACUCCUUACGAGGGCCCAACGUCUGCGGCUCCAGGUUCCAUUCCUACUGCUGUCCCGGCUGGAAAACGCUGCCCGGAGGGAACCAGUGCAUUGUCCCAAUCUGCAGGAAUUCUUGCGGCGACGGGUUUUGUUCGCGGCCGAACAUGUGCACGUGCUCCAACGGACAACUUUCUCCCAACUGUGGCUCAGCUGGAGUCCAAACGUGCAACGUGAGGUGCAUGAACGGGGGGAGCUGCUCCGAGGAGUCGUGUCUGUGCCAGAAGGGAUACACCGGCACCUACUGCGGGCAGCCUGUCUGUGAGAACGGCUGCCAGAACGGCGGGAGGUGCAUCGGGCCCAACCGCUGCGCCUGCGUCUACGGAUUCACCGGCCCCCAGUGCGAGAGAGAUUAUCGGACCGGGCCGUGCUUCAGCCAAGUGAACAACCAGAUGUGCCAGGGCCAGCUCAGUGGCAUCGUCUGCACCAAGACCAUGUGUUGUGCCACCAUCGGCCGGGCCUGGGGACACCCCUGUGAGAUGUGCCCUGCCCAGCCCCAUCCCUGCCGCCGGGGCUUCAUCCCAAAUAUCCGCACCGGGGCCUGCCAAGAUGUGGACGAGUGCCAAGCCAUCCCUGGCCUCUGCCAAGGUGGGAAUUGCAUCAACACUGUGGGUUCCUACGAGUGCAAGUGCCCUGCAGGACACAAGCAGAGCGAGACCAGCCACAGGUGUGAAGACGUGGACGAGUGCGGGGCCAUCUCCGGCGCGUGCGACGGCGGCGAGUGCACCAACACCGCGGGCAGCUACGUCUGCACCUGCCCCCGGGGCUUCAUGACCAGCCCCGACGGAUCCCGCUGCAUCGCAGCAGAGGAGGAGGAGGAGGAGGAGGAGGAGGAGGAGGAGGAGGGCAGGACAGGACAAGCUGUUCUCCCACCUCCAGCGUACCAGCGCAUCGGGACGUGUUUCUCGGCGCUCAUCGGGGGCCGCUGUGCCGGGGACCUGCCGGGCCAGUACACCAGGAUGCAGUGCUGCUGCGACUCGGGGCGCUGCUGGGCCAUCGGCCAGACCCCCGAGAUGUGCCCUGUGAGGGGCUCUGACGAGUACCGCAGGCUCUGCAUCGAGGGACUCCCGGUCGUGCCAGGCUUCCCUGGGAACUUUCCAGGAAUCCCUGGAUUCGGGCCCAACGGCGUCGGGCCGGGACUCAACGGGCCCGGAGGCAUCGGACCAAACGGGGCGAACGGACAAGGCGGGAUCCCAGGGCUGCCUGGAAUGGGCCCAGGAAGCUCGAGCAUUGGAACUGCCACGUUGAACCAGACCAUUGACAUCUGCAAGCACUUCACCAACCUGUGCCUGAACGGGCGCUGCAUCCCCACCCCGUCCAGCUACCGCUGCGAGUGCAACAUGGGCUACAAGCAGGACGUGCGUGGGGAGUGCAUUGAUGUGGACGAGUGCUCCAGCAGCCCCUGCGUGCACGGCGACUGCGUCAACACCCCGGGCUCCUACCACUGCAAGUGCCACGAGGGCUUCCAGAGCACCCCCACCAAGCAGGCCUGCAUUGACAUCGAUGAGUGCAUCAUGAACGGGGUGAUGUGCAGGAACGGCCGCUGCGUCAACACCGACGGCAGCUUCCAGUGCAUCUGCAACGCUGGCUUUGAGAUCACCCCUGAUGGCAAGAACUGUGUUGACCACGACGAGUGUGCCACCACCAACAUGUGCCUCAACGGGAUGUGCAUCAACGAGGACGGAAGCUUCAAGUGCAUCUGCAAGCCCGGAUUCGUUCUGGCUCCCAACGGGCGCUACUGUGUUGACAUCGACGAGUGCGAGACCCCCGGGAUCUGCAUGAACGGCUGGUGCAUCAACACCGAGGGCUCCUUCCGCUGCGAGUGCCUGGGCGGGCUGGCCAUCGGCGUGGACGGCCGGGUCUGCGUGGACACCCACAUGCGCAGCACCUGCUACGGGGGCAUCAAAAAGGGCACCUGCGCCCGCCCCUUCCCCGGCGCCGUCACCAAGUCCGAGUGUUGCUGUGCCAACCCGGACCACGGCUUCGGAGAGCCCUGCCAGCCCUGCCCGGCCAAGAACUCGGCGGAAUUCCAGGCUCUCUGCAGCAGCGGCAUCGGGAUAACGGCUGAUGGCAGAGACAUCAACGAGUGUGCCCUGAACCCGGACAUCUGCCCCAACGGGAUGUGUGAGAACCUGCGGGGCAGCUACCGCUGCAUCUGCAACCUGGGCUACGAGUCCGACCCCACGGGCAAGAACUGCGUGGAUGUUGAUGAGUGCACCGUCAACCGUCUGCUGUGCGACAACGGGCUGUGCAGGAACACCCCCGGCAGCUACACCUGCACCUGCCCCAAGGGCUUCGUCUUCAGGACAGAGACGGACACCUGUGAAGACAUCAACGAGUGCACGUCCAACCCGUGUGUGAACGGCGUGUGCCGGAACAACGCCGGCUCCUUCGCCUGCGAGUGCUCCCCUGGCAGCAAACUGGACCCCACUGGCACCAUCUGCGUGGAUUGA